AUGGAGAUUCGAAUCCGAAGUGGCGGCCAUGACUAUGAAGGUCUGUCCUAUGUUUCUAAUGUUCCAUUUGUUGUUAUUGAUCUCAUAAACCUUCGAGAAAUCCAAAUCGACUUAGAGAAUAGCAAUGCGUGGGUUCAAGGAGGGGCAACGGUUGGCGAACUUUUGUACAAAAUUAGCCAGAAAAGCAAAACUCUCGGCUUCCCCGCAGGUGUUUGCCCUACUGUUGGUGUUAGUGGACUCAUCAGCGGUGGUGGCUAUGGUUUCCUGAUGCGUAAAUAUGGUCUUUCGGCCGAUAAUAUACUUGACGCUCACAUAAUUGAUGUGAAUGGUAGAGUUCUUGACAGAGAAGCAAUGGAUGAGGAUCUGUUUUGGGCUAUUAGAGGUGGUGGAGGAGCAAGCUUUGGAGUUAUCAUAGCAUGGAAGAUAAAACUUGUUCAUGUUCCAUCAACUGUGACAUUGUUCAAUGUUCCUCGGACAUUGGAACAAAAUGGAACCAAACUUAUUCGUAAGUGGCAGUUAGUGGCAAAUAAGCUUGAUGAAGACUUAAACAUUAGGAUCAUUUUGGAGAGGGCAAAUUCAAGUACUCCAACAAUAAAAGUCACAUUUGAAUCCUUGUUUCUUGGAGGUGUAGAUAGACUUAUUCCUCUAAUGGAAGAGAAGUUUCCAGAGCUUGGUUUGGUUAAAGAAGAUUGUAAUGAGAUGAGUUGGAUUGAAUCAGUUCUCUACCUUGCUGGUUUUACAAAGAAUGAACCUCUUGAAGUUUUGUUGAAUAGAACUCAUGAUGGUGUGUUGUUUUUCAAGGCAAAAUCUGAUUAUGUUAGAGAUCCAAUUCCUGAUAUUGGAUUUGAAGGGUUAUGGCCAAUGUUUUAUGAAGACGAGGCGAAGGCCGCAGUGUUGAUAUUCACUCCUUAUGGUGGCAGAAUGGAUGAGAUAUCGGAUUCGGAAAUUCCGUUUCCACAUAGAGCUGGAAACAUUUACAAAAUUCAGCACUUGGUUUUUUGGAAAGAGAAAGGUGAUGAAGUAGAAAAAAGGCAAAUAAAUUGGAUGAGAAAACUUUAUAGUUAUAUGGAACCUUUUGUUUCAAAGUCUCCAAGAGCUGCAUAUGUGAACUAUAGAGACCUUGACAUUGGAGUGAAUAACAUUAAUGGAUUCACAAGCUAUAAGAAAGCUAGUAUUUGGGGUUUAAAGUAUUUCAAGAACAACUUCAAGAAAUUGGCAAUGGUUAAGACCAAAGUUGAUCCUCUAAAUUUCUUUAGAAAUGAACAAAGCAUACCUUCUAUGUCUAGUUUUGAUAACAUAACAACAAUGCAUAGUAGUAUAUUGCCUUGUUUAGAAGGGGUGCAAUUAGAAUUUCCUAGAGCAGUACAUGCCAUAGUGUAA